AUGGCGAUUGGAUGGUGGAGAGAUUUUGUUAAUCCUGCUAGCUUCUAUGCAGCUCAAAGUCCUAUCCUGAGGAUAACAUUCAUUACCGGGAUGACCCCGUUCACGGUCAUGAAAGUCGGACGUAAAUAUGUACUACAGUGUACUGCAUUCGGUUACCUCAAUUCAAUCAUACAAACGGCAAUAAUAUGCAUUUGUUUUGCUGUUUCGCUCAUCAAUCAGGAAAGCAUUACUCGGUACUUCUUCAGUACUGAAAUCAGUGUUCUUGGAAAUUCUCUGCAGUUUUUCACCGGAUUGAGCGCAUUUGUGAUGACCUUUUUCUAUAGUGUGUUUCGGCGGGAUAGAUUGAUACGCGCUUUUCACUCUCUGGCAAAAACGGAUGAACAUUUCAAAGAGAUUGGCGUCGAAACAGAUUACCGCAGUACGCUCCUGUACAAUUGUUUCAUAAUGAUUUACCAAGUUAUCAUACAGAUCGUGUAUAUUGGAAUAUCGGUGGCUGUUUUAUUUGCUAGCAACAUUCAUCCUAGGUUCACUGCAUGGGUGGCCUUUUUCAUACCCUAUUUAAUGAUGGCAACGAUCAUCGUGCUUUUCCUUUGUCUCGUCAAUCAAACCAAGCAUCGAUUUUACCUGCUGAAUAAAGUGUUACGUUCUCUUCAAGAAAUCAGUUUGGAGAAAAAGCUUCCAGCCUACGAUGAAACACAGAAUCCUGCGAAGAAGAUACGGUUUCAAAAACCACUGAGAAUAUUAUCCUCUACAUUUUGGAAUACCAAUCGUUACAUGCCGGAAGUGAUCACCCGAGUGGCUAGCAUCCAGGACGAAUUGUGUGAUGCGUGUAACAGUGUUCAGGAGUACUUUAAAGUGCAAAUGUUAACCAUCGUUACGAUAACUUUUCUGAUCGUGGUAUUCAAUGUAUAUUACAUACUGGAAAUCAUUUUCACUAAACAUAUGUCAACCACACCCUGUACCCAGUUUCAGUUCAUUCUGUUCUUUGGUUUUCAAGCAAUGAUUCACGCCUUUGGAGUGCUAAAAAUUAUCUUCGUGAGCAGUUUGGCUGUUCAAGAGAACGACAAAAUUGCUGUUAAUGUGCACAAAUUAAUCAAUGUCAACAACUACGACGACGAAGCUGUUAAACAGUUGUCCAAUCUAUCUCUACAGUUGACUCAUCGGAAAGUAGCAUUUACAGCGUACGGAUUAUUCAACUUGGAUUUUACAUUGCUAUUCACGCUCACUGGUGCAGCUACAACGUACCUUGUAAUCCUUGUGCAGUUUACUAUCAACCAGAACGAACUCUGUGGACAAAAGUUAAUCAAUUCAACGAUUGUAUCACUAGUCAAAAACGGAUCAUUAUUACAAAAUGAUUGA